AUGGCCAAAGUGGAGGCCAUUGUGCUCAGUUUGGCCCCCGAAGAAGCAGACAGUGGGGAUGAAGAGCCUCGGGAACUCUGGCGUCACGCCAAAGUCGUUCAAUACGGCAACAAACUCUCUGGCGACCCUGACGAUGCCAAAAUUAAGCCGUUCGUCAAGGCCUAUAAUAGACGCAAAAUGCGUACUGCUUCCGCAGCUCGUCGAGGCACAGCUGGCAAACGUAGAGACAGCACCAGCAGCAUCGAGGCGUCCACGGAUUCCAGUCUGAAUGACGACAAUCGAGAAACGCAGCAUCACGGCAAGUCUGAUAAUAAUGCCACCACCACCAACAAAGGAACAACAGCAGGAGCAAUAGGAACAAUAACAAGUGGCAGUGGAAACAAUAAUAAGACGAGGCCCAAGACAAAGACGUUCAAGUCCAGCAAACAACGGUUUAGGUCCAGGUACGGAAACACCUUGCGGACUGAGGAUGCCGUUGGGCCAGGGUUCAAGGUCAUUCGACGCACUGCCAGAGUCCUGCAUGGUGCUGUCCGAUUCAACGUCUCCACUCCGUUUCAUCUCAAACCCAGCUUUCCCCUCCGAAUUUUUGAAAUCAACUUGACAUUAUUUCUAAGGAUUGCCUCCAGGUCAUCCAAGGCAAUUCCGUCAUUUUCAUUGACAGCCGCCGAAGUGGCGGCCAAUGUGGCGGCUGUGAAGGCGGCUGUUGAUGAAAAUGGCGGAAUUGUCUUGGAUGACCUGGAGGAAACCCUUAGAAAGAAUAUCAAGUUGAUUUCAAAAAUUCCGAGGGGAAAGCUGGGCUACAACAAAAAAAGGGCGCCUCAUCUUUUGAGUGGAGAGCAAAACUCUGCUAGGCUCAAGAAAUCAUUUCAACAUGAAGAACCAAAACUUGGGAAUACUAAUCCAUCCAAAGGAUCCUCUCCUCAACCAGCAUCAACUGAUGAAACCAAAGAAGUGCCAACAAAAUCUUCAAAGGUGCUUAAAAAGAAGAAACGUGGACCUAUUGCUCAUAAACCAUCUGGUUCUAAAGAGUCUGUCAAGGAUGAGUCUGCCAAUAAGGAACCUGUUUCUCAGCCUCCAGCAAGUGCAGUUCCCAAGAAGCUCCAAAAACAAAUAGCUGCAGAAUCUCAGCAAAAAAGACCAGGCACUCCUGAUUCUGCUGCAAAACAAGCUCAGAGUCCAUCCACCUCAUCUCCAAUCCGCGUUCCAGUCCGCAGAGGAUCCGCCCAGCAAGAAUUCAAGUCCUUCCACUUGUCUCUGAAAUUGCAACAGGCUCAGAAGCCCGGGGAUCAAGGCAAUGCCAAAGGACAGACCAAUAAGGACAAGGACAAAGAAUCUGCUGGAAACAAUAACAAUCCAGAUCCUCCUUCUCCACAUCCCACUGCAGAGAUGUUGAGAUUGCGCAGGCGAAGUUCAUCCAUUGGGCGGAGUUUGAAUGCCCUUGCCAGCCAGGUCGCGAGGAACAAGAGCAAGCGAAGGCAUUCCAAGGAAGAACUCUACACCGACAAAGACCGGGCAGCUGCCGUUGCCCUGGGCUCCAAGGACAUCAAGCAGAGUUUGCACAAGCAAAAGGGCCUGAACCAGGCCUACACGGGUUUCCCGGAAGAAGCCGGCUUCACCAUUUGCUACACGCAGGGAGAACACAACCUCAAGAACGGCGAUUCCAAACUGGCUCUCUCUUUUCUCAACAAGGCUCUUGCGAUUGAUGCGAGCAACUGCAAUUGCCUGAUUGCCAGAAGCAAAUGUUAUCUUCAGCUUGGGGAUCAUGCUGAAGCCCUGAAAGAUGCUGAAGCCGCCUUGAAAAUUGACCCCAAUUCCUACAAAGCAAUUUACCAGAAAGCUGAGGCAUUGUAUGCUAGAGGUGAUUUCGAAUUGGCCCUGGUUUUCUACUGCAGAGGAGCUCAAGCAAGGAAAGAAAUGGAUUGCUUUAGACUGGGAGUGCAGAAGGCUCAGGAAGCCAUUUCUAAUGUUGUAGGAAGACCUGAUUCCUUGAAGCAUGAGUCAGUCCACCAUUCUGAAAAUGCAGAUGAAGCGCCACCUGUUCCUCAGAACAUGAACAAGGGGAAGAAGAAGCACCAUGGACAAAAUGGUGGACGGAGAAAAACAAACACAGCAAAUGACAGCUUGGGGAGAGGAUCAGCAAGAGCCCUUCUUGGGAGAUUGCAUAAUGAUAUGGAGUAUUUAGAAAACCUUCUCAACCACCCUGGUUUGCGGCCUGUCAACAUUCCCUCAGAGGCUAUUGCGGCAGUGCCGCAAGGUGGCGCUGCUGGAGGAUCUGGGAGAAUGUCGCAUGACAAGAACAAAACUGUCAGCUCCCAAGUUAAAGAAGCCCUGGGUUACUUGAAAGCUCGCCAAGAAUUUUGGCUGCAGCAAAAGCCAAUAACCUCCGGACGUCAUCGCAGUGGGAGCACCUCUUCGAAUUCUUUACAAAAAUGA